AUGGCCACUCAAACCGAAUUGGAUGAUUGGGCUGAUUUUGCACUUGGUACUGAGUUAUUAACGUUUUGUAACUCUGUUCUUGAUAGAACAGAUGAGGUUUGCAGAGCGGAUUUUGACGAAGCAUCGAUCGAAGCACAAAUUGUUGUUGUUGAUCGAACGAUUAGCUUGCUCAGAUCAAUAAUACACAGUGAAGCUAUAAUACUUGACAACGGUGACAAUGAGAGCUUAGAAAUGUUAUCAAAAGCUUUUGUGGAUGUAUUAUAUUCAUUGCAACACUAUAUAACUGUUAAUUCUUUGAAUCCGACAACAGUUGCUCAAGAUUUCACGUUGACUACAGAAGAGAGGUUAACACCUGGAAGACCACCUUACAAAAUUCCUGUAGAAGUACUUGAAGAUUUGCGUGGUCUGAAAUUUUCCUGGGCCAAAAUUGCGAUGAUGCUGGGCGUAUCACGAUGGACUGUUUGGAGAAGGGUAAGGGAAUAUGGCUUGCAAGAUAUGACAGGAUUCUGUGCAAUUUCUGAUGAGGAAUUAGACAGAAUAAUACAACAGUAUGUUGCCAACCAUGGGACGACCACUGGACAAGUGUAUAUUAAUGGUUACCUUAAAUCACAAGGGUUACUAGUCCAGAGAAGACGGAUAAGAGAGUCAAUGGCUAGAGUAGAUCCACAGAAUACAGUGUUACGAUGGGGAAUCACAGUUUCACGUAGAGUGUAUAGAGUGCCAUGGCCAAACUCAUUGUGGCACCUGGAUGGCCACCAUUCUUUGAUUCGUUGGAAACUAGUGGUACAUGGUUGUAUUGAUGGCUUUUCCAGAAGGAUUAUGUUUUUAAGGUGCAGUUCCAAUAACCUUGCAGAAACAGUACUCGAGUUAUUUCUUGAUGCUAUAUCAAAAGAUGGAGAAAGGUGGCCCUCUAGAAUACGGGUUGACAAAGGAGUUGAAAACGUUUUAGUUUGUGAUGCCAUAGUACAAGCAAGAGGAGAGGGAAGAGGGAGCUUUAUUGCUGGACCAUCCACUCAUAAUCAGCGCAUAGAACGAUUAUAG